AUGUACUCCAAAAUCCCGGUGGUGAUGGCAGUUUUGGCGGCGGUCCUGGCGACUGGAAGGGCAGGGGUUGUACCUGCAAUUGCGGCUGCCCCGGUUGUUGCAGCCCCUGCUGCAGUUGCAUACACCAAAGCCGUGCCUUACAACAUUCCUCCAUAUGCAUCGAGGGUGGACAUCAACACCAGAGUUCUCAGCCCAUACGUUGCUGCUGCACCUGUGGUUGCAGCUCAUGCUGCACCAAUUGUCGCAGCACACGCUGCACCAAUUGCAGCUCACCCUGCACCAAUUGUCGCAGCACAUGCUGCACCAAUUGUAGCCCACCCUGCACCAUUUCCAGCAGUACCAGCUGCAGGGCAUUUGGCUGCACCUGCCUUCACCUACGGAGGUUUCGCAGCUCCCUAUGCACAUGCAGCCUUCACUGCACCCGGACCAGCGAUUUUCGGCUGA